AUGCUAUUUGGACCGUACCAUGACGAAGAUCCCACCAGCUUUAAUGGCACCAAACUCCUUGAAACUGCUGAGUACAACAAUCUAUAUAUYUUAMACACUAUGUUUGCAACUCGAUCGGACGAACAUAGAUGGUCUUUUCACUUUAACCUUGGAUAUAAGCGCAGGUUGGAUUACAUUCUAGCUGACUGGUACGUGAAGCGCGCGACAACUAACUGCCGAGUCUACCCGAUGCAGAGUCAAGUGUUUGACUCAGACCAUCGUAUCGUGGUCAUGACUGCUGCAUUCCCAUCCCGAAAAGAAGUGCGCAAGAUCUUCAGAAAACCCAGGCCUCCUUCCUCGCGCCCAGAUAUCAGAAAGUUAAGGGAUGACCCCGAACUUCAAGGAAAAUACAGUGCAAAGCUAGAUGCUUUGCUUUUGGAAACCAACGGAAAUAGAAGGGAACUAGAUAUAGUAGAAGAUCAGAUAGUGGAGGCAAUUCUACAGGCAUCCCAAGAAAUGAUACCAUCUAGAAACAAGAUAGAAUUGGAUAAGCCAUGGACAAACCCAACUUAUCAAGAGCUCACUCAGAAAUUCCUGUCGGAGAAGGAUCCCAAAAAGAGAAAAACAAUGUUCUAUGAGACAAGGAAAAUGCGGACGAAGUUAAAGAAUGCCUAUUAUAGCAUCAAKGCUGACCAACUUAAUYUUGCAAGCGAGCAAAGAGACACAGAACAAGAGUUCCGUAAGAUGAGAGAGUAUACGUCAACACAACGCUUUAACAGACCAUUAGUCCCAACACAGAAAUUAGAGGAACAUUUUUCCACUCACUUCAGUGACCGUAAAUAUGAACCACAACCCGAACUAGAACAACCAAAGAGAUACCCUCAUAUAAUACCACCAGAUGRCACCCCGGCAAUUGAUGAAUCAGUGCCAGAAUGCGGAGAAGUGGUAAGCUGUAUAAAGAAACUAAAGAACGGUAAAUGUMWAGGAACAGAUMAGAUCUAUGCAGAGCAAUUGAAGUACUCUUGGUCAUCGGGUCUACACAACUAUAUUGUACUACUCAUCGGCUUGAUCUGGGCAUACGUCCAAGUACCAGCAAAAUGGUUAACAGCUAGCAUUACAUGCCUACAUAAGAAGGGCCCAAAAUCGAUGGCAGAGAACUACAGAGGGCUCAGUAUAAUAGCCACCAUAUCCAAAGUUCUUUCUGGUAUAAUUGUCGAAAGAAUCAGAGAAGCGUAUGAAUACAUCCUAUUACAAUCUCAAUUUGGUUUCCGAGCAAACAGAUCGACUUCUGACGCCAUAUUUAUACUACGUCAGCUUCUUGAGAAUGCAAAGAGAUCAAAAGAACCAGUAUAUAUUGCAUUUGUGGACCUUANUGCAUGGCUACGCAAGAGAGCACUUAACAAUCCAAAGUGA